CUAAUAUUUUCUGCUUUAUAUUUCGUAUUAUUUUCAGAAAAAAGGUCGUAUUUUUUCAUCCUUCGUGAAUCUUCAUUCUCUCUUCGCCGAACUCGUAAUUUGAGCUUCGUAGGAAAAAAAUUCAGAAAUUGGGGAGCGAAUGGUAACAGACUACGAUUAAUAGUGAAGGAACAGUUUAGAGAAUGGCGAAGUCUUGUAAGGGUCUUGCUGAGGAGCUUGUAAAGUGUCUCAGUGAAUCAAUUUGUGUUAAGGAGGAGAAACGAUCAUUUCGUGAAUGCGCUGGAGAAAAGAGCCCAUCAAUAUCGAGUGAGUGUGUCGGUCUAAGAGAAACGUAUUUCAACUGUAAGAGAGGACAGGUUGAUAUGAGAGCCAGGAUUCGUGGAAACAAAGGGUACUGAGGGAAGAGAAACAUAUUUGAGGGCGUGUUCGUGAAGAGAUACAGCAAGAUGAAGUCGAAAACUCCUUCAGGCAGCUUUUGUAAGAGAGAAAUUUUGGUAUCUCCACUCCAGUCAUUGUUUCUUGUUCCCACAGACAGUUUUUUCUUUGGUCCCUCAAGAGAGGCUUUCACUCAGUGGUUAACUGCACAUUUAGAACUACAUAAGAGGACAAGAAAGGAAAGUUGCACUUAA